CCAAAAGUAAAGUCAAAUUACCUUGCAUUAUCUGGAUUUCUUUAUCGAAAAACUCUUAGUAAUGAAUCGCAAGGCAAAAUUAAUGAUAUUAAAUCAUCUGGAUUCAGAAUUUGUAACUAUCAAGAUGAACCAAACUUAUUUGUAGAUAAAUGGGAUAUUAUCAUAGUCCAAGUUGAGAGUCUUUCUCAUAUCAAAUUCUCAGCCCACUCACUAGUAGCUAUUUUGGAUGAAAACAAUGCGAUUCUCCAUCAAAUGAAUAGUGGUGCAAAUAUACAGGAAUCUGAAAACGCAAUGCGUGAUAUAUUAAGAACAGCCUAG